AAUACGGGGUAGAUAGAAAACCGGUACGGUACGAAUUCGCCAGACCAGUACGUACGAUGAUGGUAUUUAUAAAAUUCGUACCGUACCGUACUGGUCUUAUAAUAACUAAGCUCUAUUAUAGAACCAGUACG